UGCUUCUAAACCGGAAACCACGCUUCAUGCGCGUAGCAUUCUGGGAAAUAAACAAUAUGUCAGCGCCCAUGACUAAUGCGUAGCUCAUGUAUUCAAGAUGCAUGUAAUACAUAUAUGAUGCUAUCAAAAAUAGACAUGAUGAUAUUAAGGAGAACUUUGGGUUCAAAUUCACUUUUCUCACAGGACUUGGCUCUACGUUAUAUUUGCCCAGUUAAAGGUGUGGCGGUAUUUUCAACUUGGAGUUCAUUUUGUUUUGGAAAAGACUUGCCAAAGAGAGAAAGGAGAUUGCAGAUAAGAGAACCAAGGAAAGUUAUAUUUUCACAAAAACAUUGGUCAUGUCCACAAAAGCUUGAUCAAAAGAGAUGGCUCUCUUUAGGCACAUACAGUGACAAUGCCCAAAGCAAGAUGUUUGCAAACAAAUGCCUUUAUCACGAUUUUUCUGGUAAAUGUGCAUGUAACAGAACAUAUAAAAUAAGAUUUGCUUUACAUAAAAGGACCAAUGUUAUGUACAAAGAUUCAUUUUUUCAACAAGAAAGGAAAUACAGCAAAUCGAAUCUAUAUUUACCACAUUUAACAAGUGCUUCAAUUUUAAUGUCUUCAGUCAAGGCUAAGCAAAGUUAUAAUUGUCAACAAGAAAGAACAAAAAUGAAGACUGCAAAAGAUUUGUUUGGAUUCUCUUUAAAUGAUAAAGAAGUAAGAAGAGUUUUAGAAUGCACCUGCAGAGAAUAUGAGCAAAAUGAGGAGGUGCUGGAAAAGAGCUAUACCAAUUUUGAUUCUGGAGAAAAGAGAAAUGCAAGAGAAAAUCUUUUAAGGGAAGCUUCUCUAGUUGAGAAAUACCUGGAAUUUAUAGAAAAAGAGAAUGAAUUGAAAGAAAUGGAUAAAAUGCUAAAAGAAGAUGGAAAAGAAGAUAAAGAUAUAGCAAAGAUGUUAAAAAAAGAAAAAGAAGAAAAUCUGAAAGCUAUGGAUAUACUUGAAAAGGAGAUACUGACACUAUUGGUUCCACCAAACACUGGUCCCACUGACGACUGUGAUGUAAUAAUGGAGUUCAGUUCAGGGGCUGGUGGACAAGAGGCCAUGUUGUUUUGUGCAGAAAUUUUUAGUAUGUAUCAGAGAUAUGCUGCAUACAAAGGAUGGAUAUUUGACAUCAUACGCUAUGAGACCCAGCAGUCUUCCUCUUCUGUUGUAUUGAGUAAAGCUAGUGUGGCUGUGUCAGGCCCUGGUGUGUAUAGAUGUUUGAAAUAUGAAGGUGGGGUGCACAGAGUGCAGAGGAUUCCUCUCACUGAGAAAGGAAGUCGGAUUCACACCAGCACCAUGUCUGUUGCUGUUCUGCCACAGCCCUCAGAUAUUGAUGUGCAGUUGAACUCUUCUGACUUGGAGAUCCAGACAAUGCAUGCUUCAGGUCCUGGAGGACAGCAUGUCAAUAAGACAGAAAGUGCUGUAAGAAUAAAACACAUACCAACUGGCCUGGUAGUCAGUUCCCAGCGGGAGCGAAACCAACAUCAAAAUCAAAGCCUAGCGUUGAAGAUGCUAAGAUCUAUGCUUUACAACAAAGAGCUUGAAGAAAGACAGAGCAAAUUCAACUCACAAAGAAAACUACAGGUUGGUGGUAUGGACAGAUCAGAAAAAAUACGCACGUACAACUUCCCCCAGGACAGAAUCACAGACCAUCGUGUCAAGGAAACCUUUCAUGGGGUUGAGGAUUUUAUGGAGGGAGGUGUUGCUUUAGAUGAUAUAGUGGAGAUUCUGCAGCAGGAGGCCAUGAAAGAGAGAUUAGCAGAAAGAUUAAAGGAAUAUGAAAAUAAUCAGCAGCCUAAAAAGAAAUCCUCAUAAUAUUAUUUGUCUACAGUUAAAAGCUGUUUACUGGUAUUGCAGCAACAUAACCUUCUUGCUUUCUGCCUUUAACAACUGUAAAUUAAAUUUAUCCCCCAAAGUGUACAGAAAAAAGUACUCUGGAACAUCAGCCUGGCUUCAUACUCUGAUAGCAUGAAAAGAAUAGGAAGAAUACCCUCUAUCUACAGUAUUCGUUUACUGGAUAUAAAAUAUGUCAAACAUCCACAAUAGGUGUUUCCAGCCAAUUAAUUAAUUAAUUAAUUGCUGGUGUACUACUCUCUGCUAGGGCUGCAAAUAAUUAUGUUCACUUUUUUCCAACGCGUCCCUGUAACUUUUGUCCAGAUGGAAGCAAGUAAAACUGCAUGCAUGCAGAUGAGAUUGUAUCUGCUCUGCAGGAGCUGGGCUUCUUGCUGAUAUGAUAAAUGUUUGUUAAGCAACCUGGCCCCUGUAACUCAAAAGCAUCGCGUAUUGCGAAUAGCAAUAUCACAU